AUGACGAUGCCCCGACUUAUUCAUUUUCAGGGGCAGAUGACGGUCUAUGCAAAGUUUGGCAAAAAUGUCUAUCUUCCUGAAGAUGCUGAGUUUUACUUUAUUUAUGAUGGAUCUCAUCAGAGACACGUUGUGAUUGCAAAGCGGAUUGAGGAUAAUGUUCUCCAAUCCACCAUUCCAGGCCAUGGGCUUCAGGAGACGGUGCUGGUGUCUGUGUGCCUCUGCUCGGAAGGUUACUCCCCAGUGACCAUGGGCUCUGGCUCGGUGGCCUACGUGGACAACACGGCCUGCAGGCUGGCUCGCUUGCUGGUCACCCAGGCCCAUCGCCUCACAGCCUGCAGCCACGAGACCCUGCUGACCCCCUUUGCCCUGACGGUGGCUGCACUGCCUGCACUGGAUGAAGAGCUAGUGCUGGCUCUGACCCAUCUGGAGUUGCCUCUGGGGUGGACCGUUGUGGGGAAUUCUUCAUUUGAAGUAUCUCCACACAGAGAGUCUCUUCUACACCUGGCUGUGAGAUGGGGUCUUGCUAAGCUCGCCCAGUUCCUCUUGUGUCUCCCUGGGGGAGCCCAGGCCUUGGCUUUACCCAAUGAAGAGGGUUCCACGCCAUUAGAUUUAGCUUUACAUGGCGGACACUCCAAGCUGGUGGGAGACAUCACAAAUUUUCAGGGCAGACGUUCUCCCAGCUUCUCCCGAGUGCAGCUCAAUGAAGAUGCCGUCCUGCAGUACCUGCACUCAUCAGAAACGCUGACCUUGACCCUUCACCACACGGCCGAGCAUUUGUUGGAGGCAGAUAUUAAACUCUUCCGGAAAUACUUUUGGGAUAGAGCCUUCCUUGUCAAGGCUCUGGAGCAAGAAGCCAGGCCAGAGGAAAGAUCGACUAUGCCCUCUGGUGCUGCAGACACUGAAGAAG